CUUCGCCGUUUGCUUUUUUCCCACCCUGGCCGAAAGCUUGAUCGAAUUUCACAAUUUUCAGUUUCCCUUGUUGAUCAGUUUGAACAAGGUGCACUUUUUUUCAGCUCAUAAAAGUGGCAUAACUACAGUUGAGGUGCAUUUCACUUCUCAGUGAAGUAAAGACAUAAUCUGGUUUCCUCGCUCAGACGGCCAUUGUGUGGCACAUUACCACCCUCACCAUGAAGUGCGUGCCCACACUUCUUGUUCUCCUCGUUUUUGUCCAUCAAGCAGCUUCUUUCUUCAGUUUUCUGUCGGUGGGCCAGAACUCUCAUCAACAGCAUUUGGCAAAAUUUCCUUGCAAGAUCGUCAAUUCCACCUUCGUUGACUGCCGGAACCGGGGUCUCUUGACUGUCCCAGCUGGGAUUCCGCAAACAGCCCAAACCCUGCUGCUAUCUCACAACCGGAUCCACAUCUUCAACAGCACAUCUCUGGCAGGACUUGUCAACCUUAGGCUCUUAAACCUGUCCUACAAUACACUCUACAAAAUUGAACGAGCCUACUUUGCCGACCAGAAGCAGUUAAGACAUCUCUAUCUCUCCCGCAAUGAGAUCAACAAAAUACCAGGGGAUGCAUUCGCAUCCCUCACUAAACUAGAGACACUGGACUUGUCAUGGCAGAACAACCACAUAAGGAGUGGCUUUCCAGAGUUUCUGGUCCCAAUUGAUAGGACUCUUACAACAUUGCUGCUUAAGAAGACUAUGAUAAAGACAGCAGAUUUUGGUAGGCACUUGAAUCUCACGUCACUCAAGGUGCUCAACUUGGCUGCAAAUGGCUUCACAGGCCUUGGCAGAAAUUACUUCCAAGCAAUGACUGGCUCAAAACUGCAAGUGCUUGAUCUGUCUCGGAAUUCCUUCUCAAGCAUUGAUACAGCCACUUUCUCUCAUUUUCUUGAAGUAGGACUUUUGGAUUUGACCAACUCUUUUGCUAAAACACCUCCGCAAUCUUCUCUCUUGGCAAACGUAAGUGCAGCUGUGGCUUCCUCUGAAGUUCAGAAGCUGGCCUUAUGUUCCUUAAGUCUGACGAACUUGACCUCAUCAAUGUUUGCUGGUCUUGAAAACUCCAAACUUGAGGAAUUGGACCUUUCCCAAAAUGAAAUAGCUGAGUUGCGUGACACUAGCUUUGGUACUCAUCUUGUUCACCUGAAGGUUUUGAAACUGUACAAGAACUCAAUAGCAGCUAUCAGCCCUGAGGCACUGUCUGGCCUUACCUCUCUGGAAUUCUUAAAUCUGGAAAGCAAUUCACUGAAAGAGAUAACACCAGGCAUUUUUAAGUACAACGAAAGACUUCAAACUCUGUCCCUUAAUGAUAAUUUGAUUGCUUCACUGUCUCAAGAUGGUUCAUUCAAAGGGCUUAUCAACUUGCAGUAUCUCUAUGCGUCAAAGAACAGGAUUUCACAGACCCUAACUGGUGAUGAAUUCCAGGAUCUGAAAAACCUUACUGAGCUGGACUUGAGUGAGAGCCAACUGAAGGGUAGACACAUUAAGCUUCAGAGAGACUCCUUCAAGACACCCUCUAAACUGAAGAUCCUGAAUCUGAAGAAGGCAUGCCUCUGGAAUGUUGAGAGUGCACCUUCACCGUUUGCAGCUGUGCCGGGACUUCUUUCUUUAGAUAUGAGCAAUAAUAAUAUGGAUCACUUUCAUCAGGAUACUUUUGUUGCCCUGAAAUCACUGGAGACAUUGUACCUGGACCAUAACCAUUUUGACAACCUGUGGCACCCUCCUCUCUCCCACCAGACUCCUAGAAUGUUUCUGAGAAAACUCUCCUCUCUGCAGAGGCUCGAUCUUUCUUCAAAUGGUUUCCAAAGUGUCCCUGUUGGUGCCUUCAGUGACUUGGGACAUCUCAGAACACUACAUCUGGGUGACAACCAGCUGUCAACAAUCUCUGGCAGAGUGUUUGACGGUCUGAAGGAGCUAGAGUAUCUGGAUCUUCACAAGAACCACAUCAACGUUGUCAACAAAACCAUGCUGACACCGGUGCUGAAGACACUCAAGAUCUUAUACAUCUGUGGCAAUCCAUUUUCCUGUGGCUGUGAACAAGAAUGGUUUCGCAACUUCAUUGACACCACUCACAUUUUAAUAGGUAACUUGACCACCUGUUUGUGUGCUUCACCUCCAAACAUGAGAAAUAAGCUUCUGAUUAGUUUCCAUCCUGAGGAUUUGAACUGCGAUCACAAGUUACCACUGAAGGACUGGAUUGGCAUAGGUGUUGGAAGCUUCUCGUUCCUUCUGUUAGUUUCUGGGAUGGUCAUCUAUCGAUGGCAGAUGUACUAUGUCUACUUAGUGGUGAGGGCAAACUAUCAUCGAUCAAGACGGCACAAGGAUUACCAACAGAUUUUUGACUAUGAUGCCUUCAUCUCCAACAGCAGUGCAGAUGAAGAAUGGGUAAUGGAGACAUUAAUACCAGAGCUUGAAACCGGACCCGAUCCAUUCAAACUCUGCCAUCACCGACGAGACUUUGAGCCGGGGAAGGAGAUUGUCGACAACAUCAUUGAGUCAGUUGACCGCAGUCGCCGCACCAUUUGUAUCAUAUCUGAGGGCUACUUGGAGAGCAAUUGGUGCAGAUAUGAGAGGCGCAUGACAAUGAGCAAGCUGUUCAUUGACUAUGAAGAUGUCCUGAUUCUGAUCAUCUUGGGCGACAUCCCUGACAAGAAGUUGUCCAAAUACGAUCUCAUCCAUCGCGCAAUUAAGAAGAAGACUUACCUAAAAUGGCCAGCCAAUGUCAAUGAGAGGCCUGUGUUCUGGCAGCGCUUGAAGGAUGUUUUGAACGAAGAUCGCAACCCAGACAGACGUGAGGUAAUUGCAUGAUUCUCAAAUAUCCCCUGGAAACAUCCCCUCAAAACAUCCCAAGAUGUAGAAGAUUUGCUUACUGAGGAGAGGGCGUUUUGCAUUGAGUUUUAAGGUUCACUUGUUUGAAAUUGUGUUUCAAUCAUUUUUCCAAGUACUGUGUGAUGAAAUUGUUUUUGUGAUGAGUCAAAGCCUAGUCACAGACCUGAUUGAGUUUAUUGCCAUUAAUUAGCUUUCAACAACAAAUUACGAUCCAUUAUUCAUAAAUACGUAAGACAGUGUAGUUAUUGAAGACAGUUAGCUGAUAAAAGCUAGGCCAGUAAUAAUGGAGACAGGAGCUAGUGUUUGCAUAUGGAAUCUGAAAUUUUGUGUUUGCUGAUGCUGUUGAUGUGUGCCAUAGAGAAAUGCUUGUUCAAGUUAAGUCACAUUCAACGUAUGUACCUAAAUAGUUUAGGUAAUUUCAUAGAUUAUUAUAAUUUUUGUAACUGCAUGAAUCUCAAAUUUACUGAUAAAUAAGUUGGUGGGUUUUCUUUUUUGUGGUGCUGGGACAAAAAAUUAUGCAUACUUUUUUUAGUUUUAAUGGGGGCUGAAGACAGUUUUAAGGAAACUAUGAAACUAGCAAAAUUUAGGGACCUUUUUGCUAGAAAUCUUAGAUAAAAAUGUAAUUUCUAUUGCAAAUUUGGACACGUACCUGCAUCAAUUGCCUUGUAAAUGUAAAGAAAAGGAUAACUGAACAGUGCAAUAGUUUCAUGUUAUAACUCUGCUUUGGACCCCAGUCAGGGGGGCUGUGUAAUCUCUUUCCUCCACUUAGAUCCAAUUCCUUUGAUAAACAAAAGCAUCAACAACCUCUUAGCUGUUUAAACUUGAAAGAAAUAUUGGGCCCAGAGGAAAACAGGAUGCACAGAGUUAUGCCAGUAACCAGGGGGACGGAAAAUAUUAUUUCCAACAUGGAAUUGUAAAAUGGAGUUCAGUGUUUGUGUGUUGGAAUAGAAUUUGAUACACAAACCCUGUUCAUCUCUUUACUGGCAUGCAAUUAACUUAUUUUAAAGCUACCGCAUAAAUGAAAUACAGUGAAAUAAUGUGCAUACAUUGUGUAAAACACUGACUCCCAAAAUGUACUUGCAAAUUUAUAUAUAACUUUAUUGAAAUUUAUUUCUGAACUGUUUGGCUUCUUGAAAUAGUUUACCUGCAUUACUAUCGUUAAGGUGCUUUAUAAAUGUGGGCAUUCAGUUAUUGCAAUAUUAGACGAUACGUGAUGUGUGCUUGUACUUGCUACAUGUACCGUACUCAAUGCUUAAUGACAUUUCACACAACUUUCUUAUCAUGUAAAUGUAGGUUGAUUCACAUAGAUUAACUACAACUUUAUAUGUUUAUCUGUUUGGCUCAUGCCCCACUAUAAAAAAAAGAGGAUGAAUAGAUAUUGAACAAAAACAAAAACUUGUCCCCCAAAAAACCCACACCACUUAAAGCUGGUGCCCCCAUAAGAUGCUGGUACCCUCUCUGUGCCCCCGCCAUAGUAACAUCCUAGCUACAUGUACGCCACUGUCAUCAGUGUAGUGGAAUUUUAGGUUUUUAUCCUUUAUCUUGUGUUUCCCUUAUCUUCUCCUGGGUUGUCCUGAAGAUGUGGCCUAGAAUUAUUCAACUUUUAAAAUCAUAAUCAGUGGUUAUCAACUUUGUUAUUUGAUUUCUAGCAUGUGUGCUGUCUUGUAUGCAACCAAUCCUCGGACUAAAGAACUGACCAUUUUUGUUUACAAAUCUUUGGGAAGAUUUUGAGAAAUUGUAAUUUUAGAAGUACCUGUAUCAAGCUAAUUUCUGACAAAAGGUAGCACUAAAUAAAUGGAAAUUGGACAUCGUAAAGCUCCUCUGUUUACUCUCUGAGGCGAGAAAAGUGUUUAUUCUCACAACCAUUAUAAAGCUUGAGAAAAUUUAGGCGGGGGGGGGGAGAUAUGGAAUGUUAAGCCAGUCAUGAGACAAGACAACAUCGCUGAGGCCCACAUAUUGGACCAGAUAAGCGAGGUCAUACUUUGUCCUGCUGAUCUCUUUAUCAGCACGUGAUGAAAAUUUUCAAGGCUGGAAGCUGUAUUAAACAAAAUGCAAACAAAGUCAGUCUAGAGUGACUCCAGGAGAUAUGAGAUUAGCACUAAUUAAUUUUUGCUUUGUUUAAGUACAUUAGUUCUUACAAACUUAAAAUUCUAUUCUGCUUGGAACAGGUUUCCUGGGUUGAUGUGCUGAAUAGUUACUGGUGUAUAGAUUCUGUGUUGCUAAUUUACUGAUGUGUGCUAUACGAAACUUUGCUUCAGUGUGUAGCUGAUAUUCUUAAUCUAUUUGUGGCAUAGUUACAUUACAAAAUGUAUGCUUCAUAGUUUUGCAUGUAUAUUGACAAAAGUUUCCCUGUUGCUUAAUAUUUUGAGAUAGACGGUGACAAAGGUAGUUCUCAAGGUUGCUAAAAACCUUGAAGAAAUUGUAAAGGACAUUUGGAAAUGCUUGUUUUAUUUUACACUUUAGUUUUUCAGGAAUUUAGGUUGAGUUAGUACACAAGUUGUUUUCCAUGGUGGGGAUGGGCCAAGCGUCAGCUCGUUAACACACUGCAUUUUUUGGUCAUUUUUUUCUUGAAGGCUACAGCAUACAAAUGAUUGCUGCUUGUGAAAUCUGUAAAUGCUGUUUGGAUGGGAGAGUUUUAAAAGGGGUGCUAUUGAUAGCUGAUUAUACAUGGAUUUAAGUUGAAACAGUGAAAACAGUGUUUUGUCAACAGUGUAAACGAAUUCAGGGUUUAAGCUAACAAAAGACUACUUUCAAAGAUUAAAGUGGGCAUUUGAUAACAGGCUUUGCUCUUAUACCGAUGUGUCUUCACCUCCGCGAUGCACAGUACAUCUCAGUGGAAAGUAUGGUAUUUUAAUUCAGCACGCCGGAAAUCAAUCAUAAACAGACAUUUUGGCCAGUACAUAGUAACACAUGUAGUUGUUACUCUUAUCAAAGAUGCUAUUCGCCGUAGAAGGAAGUGAAAUGCACUGAAACUAGCUUUAAAUUUUCUAAAGGAGGCCUACUCGCUAUGAUUAAAGUGAAUAAAAAGUGAAACAGCCUCCAACUGCAGCAAAAUAAACAAGUUGUCAAUGUCCUUUUUGAAACAGUGUUUAUCUUUGGUUUUCGCACUGCUUCAAUACCAGUUUCUCUUUCAGUCUUCAGACUUAGAUUUUGCACUUUGUGAAAGAAAUUUGCUUAUUAAAAGUAUCCACAUGAA